AUGACGAACGAAAAAUUCUCAGAGGAUAAUUUGGAUCCAGCAGAAAUCAGAAGAAUUUGGAAGAAUGUUGCAGUCGUUGCUGUUUCAUUCAUGGUCCACUUUACAGCAAUAAAUGCUGCUAUCAACUUACAAAGUUCUAUUAACGCCGAGGAGGGUUUGGGUACCGCAUCCUUAGUGGCAUUGUUUACUGGGAACUUGGUGUCUAAUAUAUUUCUUACGUCUGUUGUGAUACGAUGGCUCGGUACGAAAAGAACAAUAUACUGCGGUUUUAUAACUUAUAUGCCAUACAUAGUAUCUCAGAUGUAUCCAAGAUUUUACACCCUGGUUCCAGCUGCCUUAUUCUUGGGUUUGGGAAGUGGACCCCUUUGGUGCGCAGAGAGUACAUAUCUAUCAGUGGCAUCAGAAGCUCAUAGUUUGAUUUCCAAAAUACCUGCAAAGAGACUCUUGAGUCGGUUCUUAGGUUUCUUUUUUAUGAUAAUGCAAUCAAGCCAAAUUUGGGGCAACUUAAUUUCUUCUUUAGUAAUUUCAACAGCCAAUAAUGCAUCAAUGACAAUAGUGUCGGAGUCAAAUAUUCCACUUCUGUGUGGUAGUAACUUUCUCCCUAACUUGGAUGCUUCAGCCGCUCUUCCUCCACAACCACCUAAGAAGAUUAACAUCCUUGCAGGUACUUACUUAGCAUGUAUGGUUGCAGCGACAAUCAUUGUCGUGAAAUGGUUGGAUCCCAUGAAGAGAUACGCUUUUUGCCGUAAGAAAACCGACAACUCACUGGCCGGGCUUUCACUCUUGACUGCCACUGUGAAACAGUUAGCGAACAUCAGUCAGUUACUUCUUGUCCCUAUCAGUAUUUUCAGUGGACUUCAUCAAUCGUUCUUUUUCGCCGAUUUUACUAGUUCCUUUGUAUCGUGUGCGAUUGGGACUGGAUCAGUAGGUUAUGUGAUGAUGGCCUAUGGGGCAUCUGACGUCAUGGGAUGUCUUGUCACCGGCUUCUUGGUUAAGUCUUUGGGUCGUCUGCCUGUAAUCUGUGGUGCAUUGUUCAUCCACGGAGGAUUAUUCGUGACGUUAUUAAGUUGGCGUCCAAAUGCGGGAGACUACUAUGUAAUGUUCAUCAUAGCUGUGUUCUGGGGCGUCUGCAACUCCGUCUGGAUGGUACAAAUAUACACGUAUCACGGUGUUCUAUUUCGUGGCAAAGAAGAAGCAGCAUACUCAAAUUACCAACAAUGGAUGGGAACUGGUUAUGUCAUCGCUGCUGCUCUCUCCUCGUACGUGCGAACGCGCUACAAAGUAUACCUGAUUUUUAGCGUUCUGAUAACAGGAGGUCUGGGGUAUUUAACAGUAGAGUACCGCCAACGCAGGAUAGCCUUGUACAGUAGUGCAAACACAUCUCCUGACCCUGAUCAAGGAGAGUAA